AUGUCUCAAAUGGAUCAUUUCAAACAUUCUUUGGUCGAUCUUUAUAUGGAACUUGGCGAUGUACCGUCUAGCGUGACUAAUCUUUUACAGCGUUUUUUGAAAGAUGAUGGCGUUAUUGUGGGCUGGGGAUCUGGGGGUAAGGGUGAACUUGGCACCACCUACCGCUGCAACCUCAUCACACCGUUAAUAAUUGGUGGUCGAGAUAAGGCUGUACGAAUUGGUUGCGCCUCAACCACCUCUGUGUGGCUUGGGGCACGUGGGACGGUUCUCACGAUGGGCAGCGGCCGGUGGGGAGAACUUGGUGUACCGAAUCCGAAAACCUGUCCUCUUGUCACCGCCACCGAGAAUGGACUUCCCAUUGCUAUUGUACAGAUUGAAUUGCCCACUUUUGCACGAGAAGAUAUGCUCAUAGAUGUACAAGGUGGGUUUGCCUACAUUGCCGCAUUGUCGGUAAAAGGAGAGUUAUUUCUCUGGGGUGCAAAUAACUACGCUCAAUGCUCACCAAUCAUGGAAAAUAAGUGUUGUCCCACAGCUCAACGCCGCAGUAUUUUGAGCGAAAAAAUUAUUCAGGUAGCAUGUUCAAACUUUACGGUUCUUGCACUCACUGCAUCUGGUUCCGUUUACGGUUGGGGACACACUUUUCUUCUUGGCGAUGAGGAUGAAGUUCUUGAGCAGGCACCGGAAGAUUCCGUGUUUACACUCAGGUUUGGUUUAGUGGAUCGGACGGUUGUUUCUGAACCUGUAAAAGUCAAAGCACUGGAAGAUAAAUCGAUAAAACUCUUGAGAAUGGGACCGUGGCAUGCUGUGGCAGUCAGCAAGGAUGGUCAAGUAUAUACAUGGGGAUUAGGGAGGAAUGGGUCUCUCGGCCAUGGAACUGAGAGUGAUAUAAGGACGCCAACAAAAGUUACAACACUGGACUCAGUAGUGACGGAGGCAGCAUGUGGUAGCUUUCACACAUGCUUUGUGAGUGCCGAGGGUUCAGUUUUUGCCUGUGGUGACAAUCAAGGUGGACAAUGCGGAGUUUUUGGAGAGAUGAAGCUCACAACCUGUUAUCCCAUGUACGUCCCUUCUUAUCAUAAAGUGAUAUCGGCCACGUGUGGACGACACCACACUUUGCUUCUUUUGGAGACAGGGGAUGUCAUUGCUUAUGGGACUGGAUUGGGUUUAGGCAUAGGUACUGGGUAUAGCAUGCGCAUGGUUCGUGGCGUACAUAUUUUGGACAAUUAUACAACGUUAUGGCUAUCCGGCGGCUCUUGUCAUAACUUUUCUCUUGCGAUACCCAAAACAUUAUCUUUGGUUGUCCUUGGGAUACCACAUGGUGACGUUUCCCCGGCACUUAGGGUGAUUGACUUGAAAGAUGGAUUAUUAACUGCUGGCUUGGGACAAGGCUUUUCCAUCUUGGUGACUCGACGUGGUUCCUGCUACAGUAUGGGUUUGGGUGGAUGGGGUCAGCUUGGGGUUGAUGUUCGAGGCGUGAAGGAUUUUACUUCAGAUCAAGUGCCUGUGGUGCGUAAUGCCAUGCGACUUUCUUAUUUUUUCCGAACGACUAUUACACAAGUUAGCGCGGGCAUUUGUUUUGCUGCCGCUAUCAAUGAAGGCCAACGUGUGUUUACGUGGGGAAGCAAUACAUAUGGUCAGUGCGGACUUGGUGUGAACCCGAAAGAAUAUCGAAUUAUAAGUGAACCCCGAGAGAUUACAUGGUUGGCCGAUAAGUUAAUAAUUCAAGUUGCAUGUGGUUGCUUUUUUGGCAUGGCAUUAAGCAUCACAGGAGAAGUGUAUACAUGGGGUGCUAUUGAAUGCUGUGGUAAUGGGCUGCAGCCUCUUCCAACGGAUGUUCCGGCGAAUCUUAUCAUGAAUUCAUUGGGAAAUGAGAGCCAUGCCAGCGUUUUGUUACCAGUAAGGGUAUCUGGUUUGUCCAGCAUUGUAUCUGUAGCUGCAGGAGCGUGGCAUGCUGUGGCGUUAAAUGCGAUUGGAGAAGUAUUUGUUUGGGGAAUCGGUUCACGCGGUCGUUUGGGACUUGGGAACGUGGAGGACCGCUAUGUUCCAGGUAAAAUUGCCAUUCGGGCUCCCUUUACCCAUGUUGGUUGUGGACCGUUUUCGACCUUUGCCAUUACCGAUGAUGGAAGGUUGUAUGUCUGGGGUGCAAACGAGCGGAAUCAGUUGUCUGCGGAGGGUAACUGUGUGACGGUUCCAACGCAUGUGCUUGAUGAAGUGAAGGAAGCUGUUAUGGGAAGGCACUACACCCUUGUAUUGACGCGUGACGGUGAGUUUCUAUUUUCCGGGGAAAUGGAGGAUGAGAAUGGAAGAUAUGUGAGUCCAUCCUUUUACGACACAGAUGCCCUGCCUCCGCUUAUAUCAAAAGACAUGGAGGAGCCCGGCUCUCGUGCUAUACGAAUUUUUGGAGGUGUGGAUCAUGCCAUGGUGCUUUUUGAGAAGAACGUUAUUUCUUCUGACACGAUUACAGGCCUGUACUAUGCGUUGCGGGAGCAGCCAAAGCAUAUUAUUACUAAUUUAUUUCAGCAUUGA